UGUUGAGUGUGGCAGUCAGCAUACAGAAGUGGCACGGGGUACAGAGUAGGCAUCCAACAAGUUUCAUACAUCCUUUCUUCGAGCCAAGAAAACACUUGUUUUAACCGCCCGGGGCACAGGAACUCGGUGAAACAUGGCUGCUCUUUCAGCCUGGUUUUGGAACGAGAGGUUCUGGCUCCCACACAACGUAACCUGGGCGGAUCUGGCGGACUCAGCACCCGGGGUGGAGUAUCCCAAAGCUGGACACUUGUUUGCCGCCUUGCCGCUAGCUUUGGGAAUUUUCGCCGUCAGGAUACUCUUCGAAAGAUUUAUUGCCAGUGCCUGUGCCCAAAGUCUCCACAUUCAGCAGGGUGUUGGAAGAAGAGCUCAGCCCAACACAGUGCUGGAGAAAGUGUUUACAUCCAUUACAAAGAAUCCAGACUCGCGCCAUCUGGAUGGCCUAUCCAAGCAGCUGGACUGGGAGGUGCGAAAAGUCCAGCGUUGGUUCAGACAGCGCAGGAACCAAGAUAAACCUAGUACACACACUAAGUUCUGUGAAAGCAUGUGGAGAUUUACAUUUUAUUUGUUUAUAUUUACCUACGGGUUCCAGUUUCUGUGGCAGUCCCCUUGGUUGUGGGAUACACGGCAUUGCUGGUACGGUUACCCUUACCAGGUCAUGACUCCAGGUCUUUAUCACUACUAUGUGACAGAACUGGCCUUCUACUGGUCACUCAUGUUCUCCCAGUUCACUGACAUUAAAAGGAAGGAUUUCCUGAUCAUGUUCAUCCAUCAUCUCGCUACAGUCGGUCUGAUCAGCUUUUCUUAUGUUAACAACAUGGCGCGAGUGGGAAGCCUCGUCCUCUGUGUCCACGACACUUCCGACUUCCUGCUAGAGGCAGCCAAAAUGGCCAACUAUGCCAAGUACCAGCGUUUGUGUGACUUCCUCUUCAUUGUGUUUAGUGUGGUAUUCUUUAUCACACGGCUUGUUAUAUAUCCAAUAUGGGUCCUGAACUCAACUAUGUUUGAGAGCUGGUCCAUAGUUGGGCCAUUUCCGUCCUGGUGGCUCUUCAACUUCUUACUUGUGGUCCUCCAAGUGCUGCAUAUCAUCUGGUCCUACCUCAUAGCCCGUAUAGCCAUCAAAGCCAUCCUGCGAGGCAAGGUGUGCAAUGAUGUCCGCAGUGACAUAGAGAGCAGCUCUGAAGAUGAGUCAGACAUGUCCACGGAAAACCUCAAAACGUCCCCUCGUCCCCCCAAGGGAGAAAACGGCACUAAUGGCCACUGUGCUGCUACCAAAGCCCGAGCUCACAACCACAACAGCUGGUGACGUGGGGGCCUGAAACUCCCUGCAGUUGGUCCCCUCGCAGUGUCUCCAAGAGCUUUGUUUGUCUUUUGACAUUCCUCUGACGCACAAGGCUCGCUCCCACAUUCUCUCACACACAUUACACUGACAGCGAGUCCACAGAUUCAAAUGUUGGUGGUGAUGAUGAUGAUGGAUACGCAAACACCAAAUCGUGUGAUGAGGCGACACGUAAAAGCUGCAAUGAAAUGGAAGUUGUUCGAAGCAAGUGAUUUACAUACUGUAGCCUUCUUUUACAAAUGUUGGGAUUUAUCCUGUGCUUCAGAUGUUUUUUGGAUUCAAAGUUCUCUCCCAGUUUUAUUGGUCAGAUGAACUUGAUCAUGUGUUUCUAAGGGUUAAUUCAUACCAGACAGUGCAGGGCGUACCUGUCACAGCAGACAUAGUAACAUAAAUGCAUUAUUAUAGCUGUGGUUUUAUCAGCUUUUAAAAGCAGGACACCUGCUGUGAGUGGAAAUGCACUUAAACAUAUCUGCCCUUUGCAGUUUAUUGUAAAUUAACCCUUUACCACCUUUUUUUGGCAAUGCUGUGAGAGAUUUUGAAUUUUGUGUGUGUGUUUUUCUUUUUUUUUUUUACUUAUGAGACCAAAAUGUUGAUGAAAUUAUUGGAUGUCACUGUCUGUUAGAGAAAUCCAGGUAUGAGGACAAUGCUAAAAGUCUGGUAUCAUGUUUCUACUUGAGUGCCUUAAAAAUGUCUUUCCAAAUAUAUUCUGAUGCUGAA